UGGAAAGAGGGAAAAGAUCUGAAAUGGUCUGAGACGAGGCAAUUUUCUUUUUACAGCACUUGUAAACGGCGCGAUUAAGGGGCCGCGUGCAGAACGCGCUUUUGUCUCAAUUGGAGUCAACCAUUACAUUACAACGACAAAUUAAUCCAAGGAAAGGAAGGAGGCGCAUGGCUGGCAUCCUACCUAAGCACGGCAACGGACGGGAACUCGUCAAAAAUAUCUGAACUGCGGUAGCCGCGUUGUUUUUGUAUAAUUUCCCUUAUUAUUAUGGUUGUGGGAAUUAUUUACGGGACAGUGAACGAUCAAUGGCAUCAGAGGGGAUGGAAUUAUGCAGAUUUAACAGGGGAUUUUGGGGGUUGUUAUUUGUAUGUUUUAUAUUUGGGUUUCUAGCUGAUUCAGACGCUAAGGAAAUGACGAGGUUAACAGGCAAAGAGAAUUCAAGGUACAGAAGUAUUUCACAGAUUUAUAUGUUGAGAGGGCUUGCAGACACCCAUUUUGAAAAUCGCAGGGAUAAACUUGACCAGGAUUUCAAUAUCUGGCCUCAGGCUGAGCAUCUGCAAACCAGUUGUGGUUUUGAACAAUUGGAAGGAACAGACAUUGAUAGUCAGAAUUUACAAUACUUUUCAAAUAAAGGGAUGGAUGCAAACAUUGUGAAAAGGAUUCAGAACUCAUAUUCUUUACUUGAGCACAAUUUAGCAAAGAAUAUGAAUAUCCAAGAACCUCGGAUGAAUGAUUUUCUUCACAAUUCUCUCGACAGGCAUCGUUCCCUUGACCCAUUUGAUUCAUCUUCAAUUAUUUCAACAAAUGGGGAGCAUGGGGAAAUUAUUAGGCCUGUCUCUGGAGAAGAUGAAAAUUCAAACUUGCUGUCAUCUCUCGAGCGACUCAGAGCUUUGCUCCAAUUUGAUGCUCAUAAGAAACACUUUUUUCGGAGUCGAUAUCUAGAGACUCCUGCCAUGUCUCUGGUUUUAGCUUUUUCUCCAUCGCCUUCAGGAUUACAGAAUGAUCAACAUAAGGCCCCUGGUCCAUCCCCUGAAACUUCAUCACCACAGUUAGUGCCAUCACCAUCAUUGGGAAUUGUAAAUCCAACUCCACUUUCAUUAAUUGCGUCACCUCCCAAGCUGUCAGAAAGUUUACUUCCCGAGCAGUCAACAAAGAAUGGUGGCAACUCUAAGACAAUUAUUUUAGCUGUUGUUAUCACAGCAAUAUCAACUUUACUUCUUACUGGAUUGUUCUUUUACUUGUAUAAAUGCUUUUUCAAUAGCAGGCGUGGAUUCCAUCAUCUUAAUGAUAAUAGGCCUCUUUUAUUUUCAAGCAUACAUAGUGAAUCACUAAAUCCCAAUGGUGGUGAAUCAAAGGUUUACAAGUGGGCAACAUUUGAGGACUCCAGUGGAACUUCAAAUAUAACAACUAUCUUAGGAACAGGUAAGACUGAUGAGACACACUUGUCUUCCUUCAAUCAGAGGAACUUUCGAGUUUUAUCUCUUCCUUCACGCCUUAGGAAGACGACAGGAGCUCUUGAUAUUCAUCCUCUUCCUCCUUUGCCUAAGUCAAAGCAAUCGCUGGAAUUGUGUGAUAGGGGUACUUUCACCUCAAAUUCAGCAGACACCAUUCAAAAUUCAUGUUCACCCUCAUCCAAGGCGCUACAGGCUGAUUUGUCUGCACAUUCUGCAGCAAAACACACUUCCACUCAAUCAAUUGCUACUCUUUUUUCCGCUUCCCCUUAUUCACAGUCUACUCCACCUCCUGCACCAUCAAAACUUCCUCCAACUUUACCAGUGUCCAAUCCCUCCUUGCACCCAUCUGUCAACUCUACAACACCAUUGCCAAUAAGUAAAUCUGCGCCUUCUCCUCCACCACCAAUAAAUAAACCCCUGCCUCCUCCACCAUCAGCAUACAAAUCCCCACCUCCACCACCAUCAGUAAGUAAACCCCUGCCUCCCCCACCAUCAGCUUAUAAAUCCCCACCUCCUCCACCCCCUGGAGCAUACAAAGCACCACCUCCUCCACCCCCUGGAGCAUACAAAUCGCCACCUCCUCCACCCCCUGGACCCAACAAUGGCAAGUCUAAUCUACCAAAAGCACCCUUACCACCUACAAGGAAUUCUCAGUUACCUCCUCCUUUGCCAGGCCAAAGACCUUCUGGUUCUGGAGCUUCUUUGGAGCACUUAAAUGCAGUAGGGGAAGAUGGAAAUCCACGGCCCAAGCUCAAGCCUCUUCACUGGGACAAAGUUAAUGCUAACCCUGAUCACUCGAUGGUUUGGGACCAGAUAAGAGCAGGAUCUUUUCAAUUCAAUGAAGAAAUGAUUGAGACACUGUUUGGUUAUAGUUCUACAAACACAGGGACAAAUAGAAUGGCCAAACAAGCACUUAAUCCUUCUAGUCAGCACCCUCAGCUUCUGGACCCAAAAAAGUCGCAAAACUUGGCUAUAUUUUUGAAGGCACUGAAUGUAAGAAGAGAAGAGGUCUAUGAUGCACUAUUGGAAGGUGAAGGCUUAAGUCCUGAGCUUUUGGAGACCCUUAUUAAGAUGGCACCAACCAGAGAGGAGGAGAAAAAAUUGAAAGAAUAUACUGGUGACAUCAAUAAUCUUGGACCAGCAGAGAUCUUUCUUAAAGAACUAUUGGCUAUUCCGUUUGCCUUUGAACGGUUUGAUAAGAUGCUCUACAGGGAAAAUUUUAAAGAAGAAAUCAGUUAUAUCAGAAAAUCAUUUCAGACAUUAGAGGCAGCAUGCAAAGAAUUGAGAAGCAGUCGUCUGUUUUUAAAGUUGCUAGAAGCAGUUCUAAAAACAGGUAAUCGCAUGAAUGUUGGUACUUUGCGUGGAGGUGCUCAAGCUUUUAAGCUUGAUACACUUCUCAAAUUAUCAGAUGUCAAAGGUACAGAUAGAAAGACAACUUUAUUACAUUUUGUUGUUCAAGAGAUUAUAAGAGCAGAGGGCAUACGUGCUGCACGUGUGGGUCAACAAUCUGGUUCAGGUGCUACCAAUUUGGUAGAUGAUAAAGACAACUUGAAAGCUGGUGGAAACAUGAGUUCUGAUAAUAAAGAAGAUCAUUAUAGAGAAAUUGGCUUGCAGGCUCUUGCAAACUUAAGUAAUGAUUUAUCCUAUAUAAGGAAUGCAGCAACAAUUGAUUCUGAUGCGUUGAGUAGUUCUGUGUCGAAACUUGUUACAGGGCUUAACAAGUUGCGGUCAUUUUUGCAAAGAGACUUUACAAGUCAUGAAGCAGCAAAUUCUAUGCAACGAGGAAACUUUAAUCAAUUGAUGAAAUUGUUUCUGCAUCAGGCAGAGGAGGAGAUUAGUCAAGUACAAAGUGACGAAAAGACAGUAUUUUUGCAUGUGAAGGAGAUAACUAAAUAUUUUCAUGGAAAUGCAGUAAAGGAGGAAGCACAUCCUUUCCGUAUUUUUGUGAUUGUGCGGGACUUCACUGGCAUGCUGGAUCAAGUAUGUAAAGAGGUUGGCAGAAUGCAGAAGCAAAAUCCUCCAGCAUCAUCUCAGAAAGGGUCUUCUUCAAUACUUGUCCAGAAUCUACCGCACUCUCUUUUUCCCAAUGCUUUUGAUAGAAAUGCAGAUAGUUCUGAUGAAGAAGGUACAUUUGAAUGAUGGCUGCCAGAUACAUGUCAGAUUUCAGAGUAAUUUUUUUCAAGAACACUACGAUAAAACUUUGGUUGUAUGUGCAGUGACCAAAAGAAUGACUGGUUAUACCCAUUUUUUGGGUCAGAGAUGGUUGGUAAACAUCUCCUAUGAGCAGGAUUUGGGAAGGGUUUAGAAAUAUUGCUGGUUGUGUUUAUACUGUUUUGCACUUCCAUUGGAGGAUGUGACUGUCCAUCAGCAGCUUUUCCAGGUCAAUGUUGUUUUAUUGAAAAGUGAAACUUAAGCUGAGCAGUAACUAUACUUUCUGGCGCUGAACUUGCUUACCUUUUUGUAGAUGAAGUUUGAUUCGUGAUCUUUGUAAACCCUUGCUCUGGCAGCAUUGGACAUUUGAUAGUGCAAAGUAACGGUUGAAUCUGAGUUUUCUGCUAUACAAUCAAUAACUGGAUGUGAAAUUACAAAUUUUGAUAAUUCCGAAAGCAGUGGUGUAUCGUUUGGAGGUUUGCAGCAGUCUUUAGUGAAUGAUGUCUUGCCAACAGUUUUGAGCCAUCCAAUUGUAAGCAAAUUAUCAAUCUUCUGGUGUCAGUUAACGUGUAUCAUGUCAUCUUUAGUAUGAUCAUGGUUUCAUCAAGUUGCAGCUGUUUGGGGUUCCUGUAACACAGAAUAUGCGAACCUAAUUAGAGGCAUUACCCAUUCUAUGUAUAAUAAUCAGUUAAAAGCUCUGUGAUUUUGACAUGUUGCAUAUGGUGAAUGAUGUACAUGAGGUUUUUGCAAAGGAGCUUUUAAGAUCGAAAUUUGAAGAGAAUGCUCUGCAGUAUCUAGAAAGUGGUCCAUAGGUGGGUGGCCAUAGGUGGCCAUAUGUAUGAGAAAGCCAUUCAAAUCGGGAUAUUUGUGUGCCUGAUAGCUAGGGGGACCGUUAUUAACAUGAAUGCUAGGCAACCAAUCAGAUGAUAUGGAAAAAAGACGUGGGAUUAUAUAUACAUUCUUUAGUGCAAGAGGUAAGGUAUGUUUGGUGAUAGCCUCUUUGAGAAUGUGCAUAAGUUGAGUUUGUCGGGGAUGCAUUUAUCAGGGAAAAAGAUUUCUCCAAAAUUAGUGUAGCUUACUAAAUUGCAAUUAUACAAGAUUGCAACUUUUGACAUCUGAGCUUGGAGUUUUCUUGGUGAUUUGCUCUUCAAGAUAUUUUGCUUUUGUGAUUUUCCUUUAAAAAUGCUAUUAAUUUGUGGAAAGUUCUCAACCCUCUUGUAAAUUUUUAAGGGGAAUCUACAGAGUUCUCAUUCUAUAGAGGAUACAAAGUGCUUGAGUUUGUUAUGGAUCCAUAACGUGCAAGAGGCUUUUAAUUGUGUAUUAUUUUGCUUUGAAAUCCUGAUGAUCUGUUGCACUCAAUGCAAGUUUGCUACAUUUUCCAAGUUUACAUGAGUAACAUUUGGAGGUUUAA